AUGUGUACCAGAUGUGUUACAGAACUUCGAACCCAGCUAGCAGAACAGCUCAAAUGUCUCGAUAUCCAAGUGGAGAUCCGAUUACAACUUCUUGCAGAUCUUUCAGAUUAUCUGCGAAGGAAGGCAGAGCUUGAACUAGAUUAUUCUCGUGGGCUAGAAAAGCUUACAGAGAGGUUUUCAUCCAAGAUCCGAAACUCGAAGGAACAUCAAAACUUCAGGAAGGACCAGAAUUUAUUAUCUCCAGUGAACUGUUGGUACCAAAUUCUGAACCAGACACGACAAGAGAGUAAGGAUCGUGCAGUGCUACAUGAGAUUUUUGUGAAUAACCUUACCCACCGACUCACUCACAUCAGUGAUGAUGUCACUCGACUUUCAAAGAAGAGUAAAGAGAUUGGCUUACAUAUGCAAGAGGAGCUUCUCAAACUGACUACAGAACUUCAGACAUCCAUGAAGACGUACCAGCAGUACCACAAUGAAAGCCUGAGUGCAGGAAGCAAGCUCAAAGAGGUGGAGAAACAAGAAGAGAAGUAUUUGGGAAGAUCAGCAGAGCAGACUGGGACAGCUCAGCCUGGGUCUGAAAACAGGCCUCCGAGGCGAAGCUCACUGAAGAAGCUGGAAAGGAUAGAAAAGAGACAAACCAAGUAUGCGGAGAGCAAGCUGAAGUGUACUAAGGCAAGAAAUGAUUACAUUUUGAAUCUGGCGAAUGUGAAUGCAGCAUUGCUUAACUACUUCCAUGAAGACAUCAACAGCAUUAUUGAUUGUUGUGACCUGGGAUUCCAUCUUGCCCUGAGCAAAGCUCUGAGGACAUACAUCAAUGCUGAGAAUCGAGUUCAGCACUCGUGCCAAGAAGGGAUGUGCAAUUUAGAGACAGUAGUCAACACUCUGAAUGCUGAGGGUGACAAAAUGAAAAUCCUGGAUAUGAACAGCACAGCCUUCAAGAUGUCCUUUAAGUUUGAGUACCAUCCACAUGAGGGUGAUGAGGUUUCUGAAGUCCAAGCUCCAGCAUUGCUUCGGGGUGAAAUAGAUAGCCGGUAUCAGCAAAUGCAGUCAAGGCUGAACAGCAUAACCCUUGAAAAUGAUGAGAUUAAUAAGACCCUGAGGGCCACAGUGCAAACACUCCUCGAUCUAGUCACAACAGAUGACUAUGAAUUCCCAGAAGCCUUUCAGACCAGUCAUUCCACAGAGUCUUUGAAAUCAGCGGGAUCUGAUAGCUCAUCCAAUAAGCAACAUAUUGCAAGACGCCGUGCAAACCAGCAAGAGACGGAGUCAUUUUACAUCGAUAAAUUGAAAGUAUACCUCAAUAACACAGGUAUUGCCUCUAAACUGAAAGCCAAACAAGACCUGCUGGACGUAGCUAUGAAAAAAAGCAUGGAUGAAGACAAGGACAGUAUGAGUUCCAGGUUACAGAGUGCCAACAAUAGGUCUCAGCGAAUGAAAAGGGCACGGCCAAGUUCACAGUACCAGUUCAAGCUCUUUACUGGAGAUCUGGAGGACUUCAUAAAGAGUUCUGGGCAAACCAUUCCACUUGUAGUAGAAAGCUGCAUUCGGUUCAUUAACCUGAACGGGUUGCAACAUGAAGGCAUCUUCCGAGUGCCUGGCUCACAGGUAGAAGUCAACGACAUUCGAAAUGCUUUUGAGAGAGGUGAAGACCCUCUGGCUGAUGAUCAGACCAGACCCAGUAUUGAUACUGUGGCUGGAGUCCUCAAACUUUACUUUCGGGGCCUUGAAAAACCAGUCUUCCCAAAAGACAAAUUCAAUGACUUAAUUGGCUGCAUCCAAACCGAGAACUUGCUAGAACGGGCAUGCAGUAUCAAACAUAUUAUUGAAACCCUGCCAUCACCAGUUGUGAUUGUAAUGCGUUACUUGUUUGCCUUUCUCAAUCAUGUUUCUCAGUACAGCGAUGAGAACAUGAUGGAUCCACACAACCUAGCAGUGUGCUUUGGUCCAACGCUUAUGGGAGAUGUACCAGAGGACCAAGACCCAGUGUCCACUCAAGCUCAUGUCAACGAGGUUGUGAAAACCAUCAUUAUUCACCAUGACAAGGUCUUCCCUGGGGUGAAGGAGCUGCAAGGUCCAGUAUAUGAGAAAUGCAUGACCGGAGAAGAGGAUUACUGUGAUGGCUUGCACCCGGAGCCCAUAGAGGAAUGUGAUCAAGAACAAGAGACACCUUUAGAAACUCCGGUCAGCGAAAAUGAAGCAGAGACUAUAGAAGCUACUGCAAAAUAUGACUACAUGGGACGAUCUGCACAGGAAUUGUCAUUUAAGAAGGGCGAUGUGCUUGUGCUUCAUCAGAGAGCAUCUGACACCUGGUGGAGAGGAGAACACUCUGGCACAAAGGGGCUCAUACCACACCAGUACAUCAUUAUACCAGAAGGGGCUGAAAAGAAAAUGGAGCUGCUUACCCCCAAAACUGAGAGCAGUUCCAGUAGUUGUGGGGGCUCCACAGAGGAGCUAUCAUUGGAACCUACUACCAGAGGAAGAGUGAAUUCGGAUGGAGCCUGCACACCCAGGAAGAGGAGUGGGAGUAGUCCGAUCCAGAAACUGGCCUCCCCAUUUACAGACAUUCCCCGGUUCCCAUUUGGGGUGUCACACAUGGCUCCCCCAAGAUCGACUGCACCUCGGAAAGAAGCCAAUCAACUGAAUUCAUUAGAGAGUAAAGCUGCUCCUCUACACAAUGUACAAGACAGGCGUAACACAUUUGAAAGCGCAGGGAGCAAAAGUGCUUCAAUGGCCAGACAUGGUGCUAAUGUCGAUCGACAGACGGCAGAAAAAGUGGAGGUGGACAAGGAUGUUACGAAGAAUAUGAAUUCUGUAUUUAAGGAACUGCUGUCUGUGCAUCAAUCAAAAACCAUUACAGAAAACAGCACAACUUGUGAAGCAGCCAAGGUGUCUGGUGUAGGCACAGAUGGGAAAAAGGGUGGCAGCGCUACAUCAGAAGCAGCAAAGUCUGGAACAGUAGGCAAAAAAGCAGGCCAGUCUAAGACUGGAUUUGGAAUACGGGGCAAGAAUUAGGUCACGCACCAGACCCUAUGAUGCAACUGAGCCAUGAACAAAAAAAUACAUAUAUAUACUGAAACAAAGCCACUGAUUCAUUUUCAUGAUUGUUGGAAAUUUAACAUCAACUCAGCUACAGAAAGCUCCAUUCUUAAUUGUUAACACACAUGUCCGGUUACAGUUUGUAUGCGUGGCUUUUCUUCUCUGUGUGUGUACAUAUGUUUGUGUGUGUGCGUGUGUAUGUGUGUAUGUGUGUUAUGUAAAUAUCUGCUUGUGUAUAUAUUUAUAUAUGCACAGACAUGCAUCCGUGUCUUGUGUUAACACAGUCCAUAUAGAAAUUCUAGGAGGCUUUCCUGACUGGGUUGCACUUUAGAGUGUCUACAUCUGGUGGUGCCAGAGAGAAACAGCCAUCAGAUGCCAUCUGAACAACAGUCAUGCUAAUCUGAAGUGGAUUUGAAAGAUCAUUUGACGUGCAGAACUUUUACAAGAGUUAUAAGGAAGCAUGCACUGUACCAGGCUAAUUGAACCCAUUCUUGUUUGUUAGGUCAGUAGUGCCACCACAGGUUUUGCACAACCAUGGACCUCUAACAAGAUCCCUUGCUGGAUCUGGGCAUACCUUUUGCAAACUUCUUUUUCAUUUUAUAUUAUGCCCUGACCACCAGCUGCUGAGCACAGUGUGAAAGCAAUAGAAGUCAGUCUGGAUUGGACGACUGACCUUAACAGACAUUCUGGAACAGUUUGUAGAUGAGGCCUGCUAACUAGCAUCAUUUUAUGUUUAAGGCUUGGGGAGGGGCAUAAUAUUUUUUUGUCAAAAAUAUCCUCUAAUGGUGUGUGUGUGGUGGGAACUGUUUUGUUUAUAUGUAGAGCUUAUUUCCCUGUAGUGGUACAAGGGGGCAGGUGUUGCAUUAUAUUUAUGUUCUUUCUGACUGGAAUGGGAAGAAUUUGAGAUGAAAAAAGUAAAAUACAGGUGCACUGGCCUUAUCAGGAUCAAAUGCCUACCUGUAGGCUGUGGGAAAGGAUGAAGAAAAGAGUGCCAGUGCAUCUACAGUCCGCAGUGCGUACAACAGAAGAACAAAAUGAACAACCAAGCAGCACUAUCCUCUACCGUCCUUGCUUAAAGGUCAUGAACUACUAUUGCAUCAUAUAUUUUACCAUAACAUGUAAGAGAGAUGCUAUAAGCUCCCAAAUGAAUCUGAAGGUUGAUGGCUUUUAAGCUUCUGAGGCAAAUUCCCAAAAUGCACUCUAUUUUAAUAUGUUGUACUGAGAGCCGUGACCUGAACUGUCAUGUGAAGCUGAAGACACGUAAGUCCAUCUCUUGUUUGUCUGUCUCUGCCAGAUGCCAUGUUAGUAUAUCAAGAAGCCUGAUACCAGGAUCAGAUAUUUUGGAAUUGAUAAAACAGUCAGAUUUGUCUAAUUCCACUCCUAUUGUGCAUUUUGUUGCACAUGCGUUCAGUAUCAGAGAUAGCCAAAAUCUCUGCUGUGGAACAGUGAAGUAUCACAAAGGAAUCUUUGAAGCAGCCAGCUUCUGAUAAAAGCAGUUCUAGUAGUUCAACAAUGUGAUAUCAAAGGGGUAAAGGUCUGUAGAUUUCCCAUGUUACUAGUGCACAUGAUGAUAUUUUUGUACUAAGGGUUAGAGGCCAUGUCAUACAGAGAGAGUAGCAAACAAUUUUGAAUGAAUGGAAGCAUCUGUUUACUCCUUCCAUCUGUAUGGCACUUUAUUACUUUAAGGUUAUCUGCUAAUUCCCAGAGGCUUUGCUAAUAAUACAGUCAGUUAAGUCAUAUUAUAGCAGGUACACAGGGACUAAGCUGUCCUUCAGUUAGAUGGUAAGUAUAAAACAAUAGUAGGUAGAAGGAGACCCAUUCCUUUACAGACACCAGGAGAUACCUCAGUUUGAUUCUGUGGAAUUAAAAGAUUGUCAGAUGCUUAGACUGGAUUUCACUUAGGGUAAUAUGGUAAUAAGGGCUGGGAUAUAUGUUUAUAGGUUCAUAGAUAGGUACUAGGCUAUCGGCUCUGGGGCCUAUAUAAGCCUAGCCAAAAAGGUUCCCUUGCUUUCACCACCCAAGAAAAG